CUUCCCAUUCUGAGAGCUGCUGCCGUUCUCUACCCCACACUCGCUCAUUGCCUUCACGCCUAUUUCAUCAUCCAAGGCCACGCCCCCAACUUCAUCAUCCCCGAUUUCUCCAAACUUCAAGAAUCGCAAACAUGGCUUCCGAUCUAGAUACCCUCAUUGACAUGGGCUUUGAGCGAGCUCGAGCCGAACUCGCCGUCAAAAAGUCUGGAGGGCUACAGGGAGCCUUGCAGUGGCUAGAGGAUAACCAAGACAAAUCGCUGGAGGAAAUCCAAGCUGCUGCUCCAGAUGACGAUGAAGAGGAGGACGAGACCAAGGCAAAGAUUGCAGAGCUGGAAUCCGGCCAGUCUGCCAAGUCGCUUAUCUGCAAUGAGUGCGGCAAACGAUUUAGGAACCCCGAUUUGGCCAGUUACCAUGCUACCAAGACUGAGCAUACAGAUUUCUCCGAGUCUACUGAGGAGAUUGCACCCCUGACAGAAGAUGAGAAGAAGGCAAAGCUCGAAGAGCUGAGAGAGCGACUCCAGGCGAAGAAGGCCGCUCAGGCAGACAAGGACAAGGAAGAUGCAAAGCGCAAUGAGAAAAUCCGACAAAAAUCCACAAAGGAAACCCAGGAGGCAAAGGAGGAACUUGCACGAAAAGAGCAAAUCAAGGAGGCCAUGCAAAAGCGCAAGGAGAAGCUUGAGGAAGCCGAGGCCAAGAAACGAAUCAAGGCCAAGAUCGAAGAAGAUAGGGCCGAGCGUCGCCGCAAGGCCGAAGAGGCCAAAGCUGCCCGCGAAGGCAGAGCUCCCGAAGCCGCAUCUUCCUCUUCUGCUGCUGCGCCGGCCGCUGCCGCUGCAGCCCCCCGACCAAAGGCAGAUCACACAGAGGCGAAGCUAAAGCUGCAGACUGACUCGGGCAAUAUCAUGAAGACGCUACCCGCAGAGACGACGCUGUUUGAGCUUGCGCAACAGAUACAGAGCGAGACUGGACAGCCGGUGACGACAUUUACGACUACGUUCCCCCGAAAGACGUUCCAGGGCGAUUUGGACAUGUCCAAGACGCUAAAGGAGGCUGGAUUUGUCCCUUCAUCUGUGGUUAUUGUAAAAUAGACUGCUUUGGAAUGCCGUUGAGGAUGGAUCUGCUGGCAGGGAGGGAAUACGAGGAGGCACUGAACGCAGGCUGGCUGCGGGAGCACCCUUUUCGCUUUUGUCGAACCAAGGGUUGCACAUUCAAGAGCUUUAACCACUAGAUGAACAUAGCGUCCACGAGCAUCAAUCUCAAAUGUUCUUUUCCAAUCCCAUCAAGUUCAAAAGUCACCAAGAAAAUUCCAAAAAAUGUGAUCAAAAAAAUUUCUUUUUAUUCUUCCCGAGUCAUUCAGUUGACCAUUUGUCCCUUCCGUGCGUGAACUCCGUCGUGUGAGAGCAUUAAUCAUAUUAUCCUUAUGAAAAAAGCUACUCUGCCCAGGACGCGGGAUAUAGGCGCCCACUCCAUCCUGAAUGCAUCCAUCGAUGUGUAUAAAGACUCCGAAGUGCCCUGCAGUUGAAGUACAAAGAAGCAAUAGAGAAAACAGUCGCCGCAACAGAUGAUGUUGGCUGUUUAGUCGAAAAGACCGAAACCCAUAUCCUCGUCGGACUCCUCCUUCUCUGUAGAAAAGUAUUAGCACAUAAAUUCCACAGUCUGCCGGAUAAUGGGAACCGGAAAACGGCCAGUACGCACCCUCAACCUUCUCCUCCUCGGGAGCGGCCUCAGCGGCGGCACCGCCAGCGGCAGCGGCAGCACCAGGAGCGGCAGCAGCACCGCCACCAGAGCCGACGUUGACCAGGAGGUCCUUGAUGUCCUUGCCCUCCAGAGCCUG